AUGGGAAAGAGGGCGCUCUCCGGCAAUGCCGGCGGCUCAGCGGACGUGGAGGCCGGCGCGCGAGCGCAGCAGCACCAUCCCCACCACCUGCAGGCGGCGCCGCUGGGGCCCCCAGAAACGGCAUGGGUGGCCUGGCUUGUGCCGGCGUUCGUGUUGGCCAACUUCGUGGCGUUCGCGUACACCAUGUACGUGAAUGACUGCCCCGGCUCGUCCCCGGCCGAUCGCGGCGGAGAGCGAUGUAUCCUCCAGGACACCCUCGGCCGCUUCGCCUUCGAGCCUCUCGUCGUCAACCCUCUGUUUGGCCCUACCACCCAGACGUCAGUCUUCUCCCUUUUUCGCCUUCUCAUCAUUUACGCCGCCUUCAUUCUUCUUUUCGGGGAAGAAAACGCCUUCGAUGAAUUUAUUGUGAAGGUCCUUUGCGACGGCUUGUCGCUGCAUACCUGGUGACUGAUCUCGUUGUUGCUGCGCAUCAUUCAUGGUUCCCUUGCUGUGGCUGUAAAAACGCGAAGAGAAUGGAGAGCUUUCCAGAGUGGAGGAGGUACUCCGUCUCUGUCGCGCAGUGUGAGGGUUAAAGGAAUCUGUCCUUGUGAAAGGCACUUGGUGAUCGAGACCUAUAAUCCUAAAGAACUGGACAUAGGAUUCAAGUUUUGUGGAUUAUUAUUCCUUCUACGAGAGGAAUUGUGCGUGCGCAGACGUUUUGGGGAAGACGAACAGCGAGGGUAUGCUUCCCUCCCUUGCAACACCUAGAGGAAUGCUUUUGGCCUGACGAAGAGCGCUCACUUGGAUCUUCUAGUCCCGGUGCAAGACACCAUUCUUUUAAUUCGUAAUUCUGAGUUUUCUGCUGAGAAGGAUGAUACAUAAGUGUUUAGUCCCGAUAUCCAAGUGCCCUUCGCCUGAUUGUGUGAGAAAUAUCUCAGUGCCCGUAUUGGCUGAGGAAACGAGUUGCGUCUUAGGAAGCUGCAAUUAAAGGAGCAUGAGUAGAAAAUAAUUUCGUGAAGGGGGUUUGAAAUUUUUUCCUGUGGGUUAACGAUGAUGGAGUUCAAUGGUAUUUCUCCGCAUCCUAUAAGAAAUUCAACAAUACUAGGUGACUAUCCCAUAUUUGGGUACCCUUUUUUUCUUUUUCAAUGACAGAAUCCUCUGCAUCCUUCGGAUCAUCCACACAAAAUCCUUCGAAUGAUGUAUUUUUCUUCCUUUUGGCUGUCCUCUUGUCAAUAUUCAAUGAGAACGCUGCAUUGACCACGGUCCCCAAAGCCAGCAUUAUUUAGUAAGUAUAUUUAACAUCCUCUUUUUCCUUCUGUUGCCUGCAGAUUGGAUUCGCUCGGGGCCCUUGAUUACAAGAAAGUUGUUGAAGAAGGAGAGGAAUGGAGACUGUUCACUUGUGUCUGGUUGCAUGCCGGGGUUGUGCACCUGCUAGCUAAUAUGCUGAGCUUUUUGUUCAUUGGCGUUCGUCUCGAACAAGAGUUUGGAUUUGGUAAGAAAUCAAGAGUAAAUGGUAUUCAAUCAAAAAGUUAUUUUGUGAUCGCUUUGUGUGCUCCUCGAGCCUUCACUAACAUCGUAAUUUUGUAAUUGGAGGAACUAGGAAUUAAUAGUCCAUUCUCUCUGAGAUGACAUGUUAUGGCCUUUUUUAUUCUCCUAUUGUUCAUCAUCUAGAUACCUAAAAUCAGAACUAGACUAAGAUGCAUUUGUUCAUUCUGUAUUCCUGACGCUUACUGAAAAGGGGUUUCCUCCGAUUGAGAGCCUGCUUCAGUCCAUGAAUCGUCUGCUUUCACAUUGUUUAGGGCGUAUGCUAAACACGCAUGCAGAGUGUUUAGUUUUUUAUGGGUUCACCCGUGCAGUGAAAAUUGGGAUGUUAUACGUGAUUUCUGGCUUUGGUGGGAGUUUGCUGUCUUCUCUAUCCAUUCAAUCCAAGAUAUCAGUAGGCGCUUCGGGUGCACUUUUUGGACUACUGGGAGCCAUGCUUUCUGAGCUCAUCACAAAUUGGACCAUCUAUGCGAAUAAGGUCGCACGUCUUUCUCUAACAUCUUUUCCAUUUAUCAAAACACUAGCGGCGAGUGGACUGACAAAGAGCUUUUUCUUCAGUUUGCAGCACUUCUGACUCUGUUAGUCAUAAUAGCCAUCAACUUGGCGGUUGGGAUAAUUCCCCAUGUGGACAGCUCCGCCCAUAUUGGAGGAUUUGUGUCGGGCUUCCUCCUCGGGUUUGUUCUUCUGAUCCGCCCUCAGUUUGGGUGGAUCAGCCGUAACCACAUCCCUGCCGGUUAUGACAUGGAUCUUGUGAAACCAAAGCACAAAGUAUAUCAGUAUCUUUUGUGGAUCAUAGCCCUCGUUCUUCUAGUCAUCGGGUAAGACAGCGGGUGUUUGUUUCCUUAAGGUGUAAUUAUUUUCUUCUUCUUCUUCUUCUUCUUUCCUUAGGUGAAUGCUUUGCUCUCGUACUAUGUCUGGGUGCUAUUCGUUUUAUUAAAGGGCAACGAAGGCUUGCUGUGGGAUAAUGGAUAUAAUUAGUGCUUCUUUGCAUGAGAGUUGUCCCAUUUCUCUUUGAAAACAUCUCCAACACCCACAAAAGGAUUAUCUUGGUUUCCUUUUAAAUUGUUUCUAUUUAUAAUCGACAUACAUAAAUCGACAUCUUGGUUUUUGGAGAAAAUAGGACGAGCAUAAAUGGAAACAGAAUUUGGUUUUAAUAGAAUUUGGGAAAGAAUAUAGAACAUAUGCAGUGAAUGUAUUUAGGUUGGUGGGUGGGACUUACCAGGUGUGUGCAUGUUGAAAUCCUUUGCUUUUGGGGGAUAAAACACUUUAUUUAAAAUUUCAAUCAAAGUUCAAUAUUUUUUAUAGGCAGAGGGUUGUGGCCUACCGUGUCAAGGUAUUGCAGAAAACUGCUAUAACACUUGUGAGGUUCUUGCAUAAUGGGUAAUCAUAUCGCUGCUUGGUUCUAUGAAUUCGCAGAUUUAUCGGGUGCUUGGCGAAGCUCUUCUUCAAAGGAGUCGCCGAAUCCCCUUAAGCAAGUGGGUCACGCCAAAUGGGUAUGGGUUUCUCCCACGCGGUUGA